AAUUCAGAUGACGACGAUAUCAGUAUUGCAACUCAAAAUGAUAGAGGUUAUGCAGCUGCUGGAACAGUAUUCGACGGUAGCACGAUUGCAUCAUGUCAGGAUCAAAGUGGACUCAUAACAGCCGAGACGGAUCUUCGCCAAAUGGGUUCUCACUUACAGAACACAGAAACGCACUACAUGAAUGCAUCUACUGUUACAUCAAUGGCACGCGAUGUCUCCAAGUCACUGCAGUACUAUGGCGGCAAAUCUCAAGGAGCGCAGUGGCUGCCAGUCAAUCAACUAUUCAGGAUUGUCACAAGAGAUUCAGUUUUUCGGGCAUUACGAGAGUGUCGCCCGAAGCUCGAGCUUUCGGAAACAAAGCUAUGGAAAUAUGCAGAAGACAUAUGCCCUCGAAGUCGUCCUGAUGGUUCAUGUCUCAUGGGAGCCCGGAGCAUGUUUGCAAUCCUCACAAUCUUGGAGAGAGUGAAUGAAAUUAUUCAAUUCAUCGAUCUCAACCUCUCGGACUACAAUCUACCUUUUGUCCCGGACGCAAAUCAACCGAGUUUGGAUGGUCAGCUAUUCCCAAAGAACCCUCCUCCCGGUUUUGCAAAUCAGAUUUUUGGACGCCAUUGGACGUUGCGAGAUUGGGGUGCAUUUGAGAGAUAUCAAAAAACGAUGCGGUCUCCCUUCUUCGAUAUUGGCCCUAACGACAAGGAAAGAAAUAUUCACCACUACGAACUGGAGCCAGAUACAGUGCUACCUUUCAUCAAGGAGUUUCCAGCUACGUCGUCCGACAUAACGUCUUACAGCAAAGUUCAGCGAGUACAAAUCCAUAUGCAUCAUCAUACCAUGCACAAGGGAGUUCCAGACGAAAAUCCGUUCUUCGCUGUCAAAGAACUACUCCCUGAACCUGAUGAUAAAAUGGACACCAGCCGCGAAAAGAAUUUCCGCGCGGAGGUGCGGGCUUUGGCGAAGACCGUUGGCCUAUCGAGUCAUGACCAUGUCAUUAAGCUACUCGCGACUUGGAGGAAAGGUGAUAGCUGGAGUAUGUUAUUUCCAUGGGCCAUAAGCAACCUCAAAGACUACUGGAAGCGGGGAGAGCCAGAAAGAUCGCCCGAAUUUGUCAAAUGGAUAUCCACGCAAUGUCGAGGCCUUGCCGAGGGCUUGCAAAAGAUCCAUAAAAGCCCCUCGGACCACGCGGAUCACGCACAAGAGUACGGUAUCCAUGGAGACAUUAAGCCUGAAAACAUCCUCCUAUUCCAUAGCGAUUCAAAUCCAUUCGGAAUAAUGGUAAUCAGCGACUUCGGCUAUACUCGCUUUCAUAGAAGAAAUACUCGGUCAAACACCCCGGCAGCAGGCUACAGUCCAACGCACAGAGCACCAGAACUUGACCUUGAAAAGUUCAUUUCCAGGUCCUACGACAUGUGGACUUUUGGCUGUGUAUUCCUAGAGUUCAUUACUUGGUACCUUAUGGGGCCGGAAGGUAUUGGAGAAUUUGUGGGUUGUCGGACGGCAGACGACACAGGUGCACCAAUAGGUAUUAAGGAGGAUAAGUUCUUCAUACCCAGCAUUGAAGAGAACGGAGAGAAAGAGGCGACAGUGAAACCGUCAGUCAACGAUUGGAUAGACGGUUUGAGAAGACAGCCCUACUGUGGUGGCUACUUCAGAGACUUCCUGGAUCUUAUUGUCAAGGAUCUCCUGCAACCCAAGCCAGGAAAAAGAGAAAGUUGCGCUAACAUCGCGGGGCAACUUAGAGAACUAGAGCACAGGUGCAAGAUCGAACCACCUGACAUGGAGUACCUGAUGGGUCAAGUCAGCGAAUCUACAACUGCUCGUUCCCUGUCAAGAACGAAACAACACUCACAACAAAGUGACGCAGAAAUGAAUGCACGAGCAUAUUCUCCUUUACUAGGGUCACUUUGUGAUGAGACUUGGGGUCCCAAAAGUGACCGCGGGUCUUUGAACUGUGCAUCGUAUGGAGAGAUGGAAAAUAUUGCCGACAUCUUUUCCAGAGAUGGUCCUGCAUACGAGACGGCACAAAAGGUCCAUCGGUUAACUACCAGGAGUCUUCGCAUGGAGCUCAAAGCUCAGUCGACUGAGCGAACACCACUCAUAACAAAGAUAGACUCCUGCUUGCCCGACGAUACUAGACCAACACUGCCAGGGGCCCAACGUUUGGGAGAAGCCAGUGAGGGUGGCGCUUGCUUGAGAACUCGCGAUAGGCCUUUCGAAGCGCAGGAAAUGAGUCCACGUAUCCGUGCACGGGAUGGUCAGUCACACCUCUCGACGGACGGCAGACACGGUGAUCGAGCGAGCGAUAGCAGAAGCAUUGAGUACAAGAGACCUGGUUCUUUUCUCUCUGUUUACAGUGAUGGGCAUUGGUGCGGGUUGGAGGACGUAUUCCAAUGUUGUUUUGCGUCUUCAGAGAACUCUACAAGUUCGCAAGAUUUAGAUAGCUAGAUCUACAACUAGGGUGCCCGCACAUGAAUGCUUCAGUUUCUCUGUCUGGGUUUGGCAAUUCGAAUCUUAGGUCCGUUGGCUUUUACGGUGGAAGGCGUUCGCAGGACUGGUAUUACGGCAUU